UUACCUUUUCAUAUUUGAAGAGUAUGGCAUCCAUAAAUAUCACGCUAUCUUUCGUUUUCUUUCUCACAAUUUUUACAUAUUCAAAUGCAAGACUAGGAUAUCUCAAGGAGACCAAACGAACGGUCUUCGUCUAUGGCAAUUCCAACGACCAAAACACGACCACGAUGGAGCUACCGAAUAGGGAUGGUAAUUGGAAUGAUACCGUGACGAAGCUGAAAACGAAGGACGACGAGCCGGAAGGGAAGGACGACGAGCCUUUCGAGUGGGUCAUUGAGCCGGAUGGCAAAAGGCGUCGCGUCCGGCCCAACCGGAAGGACAAGCCCGACGAGCCGGAAGGGAAGGACGACGAGCCUUUCGAGUGGGUCGUUGAGCCGGAUGGGAAAAGGCGUCGCGUCCGGCCCAACCAGAAGGACAAGCCCGACGAGCCGGCAGGGAAGGAUGACGAGCCUUUCGAGUGGGUCGUUGAGCCGGAUGGGAAAAGGCAUCGCGUCCAGCCCAACCGGAAGGACAAGCCCGACCAGCCGGAAGGGAAGGAUGACGAGCCUUUCGAGUGGGUCGUUGAGCCGGAUGGGAAAAGGCGUCGCGUCCGGCCCAACCGGAAGGACAAGCCCGACGAGCCGGAAGGGAAGGGGAAGGACAAGCUGAAAGGGAAGGACGACGACACGAAGGUUGGGCCAGAUGGGAAAAGGCGUCCCCGCCAGCCCAACAGGAAGGACGAGCCGGAAGGGAAGGACGAGCCCGGCCAGCCCGACGUGCCGGACGAGCCCAAUGGGAAAGACGAUGAGCCGAAAGGGAAGGACCAGCUGAAAGACUAAACAUGAAUCGGCAUCGCCUACUCCACUAGAUGCCAUAUUGUAUCACUUCGUCAUCUCUAAAACUGUGUGAAAUUAUUUUUUCUUGAUUUAGUUUAUGUGAUGCGUGUAAUCGAGUCAGACAUGAGUAUAAGUUCCAAUUCAGGUUUUC